CCUUAUUUUCUCUUUCCUUUUUCCCGCCUUUUCUUUCUUCGUCUUCCAGCGCCGCCGCCGUCGCCGUACCGCCUCCUCCGCCUUCUUCUUCCCGUGUUCGUCGCUGCUGAUGGCAUCUUCCGACGACGAACAUUCCAGUGAGGCGAACUCUACCAAUUAUGCUGGUUUGGUAUUCUCAACACAUGAUCAGUUCAAUCCCCAUGACAAACCUCCUUUGGGAUUGAAGCUUGAUAUUACUCCUGAGCUACAAAACCAAAUCCAGGCGAAGAUCGAUGAAGAUGCCGCCAAUGCUUCUGCUGCAGGGGCAUCCUCUUCUGCUACUAAUACUGCUUCAGCUUCUACUUCAACUGCUAAUGAGAAGUUUGAGGCCUCGACUUUCCCUGCUACUCUGUUGAAAAUUGGCACCUGGGAGUAUGUGCCGAGAAAUGAAAUCGAUCUGGAGGUGAAGUUUGAUUUCUCCGAGCGUAAAAUUCAUUGGGAAUUUCUCAAAGAUGAUCUCAAGCAUAAGGUAGAAUUUUCGUGGGAUGAUAUUACUAGUUUGAAAGGCGAUUUUCCGGAGAAUGGGUCCGAAAGUUUAACAAUCAUGCUUGAUAAACAACCUAACUGUCAGCCGAGCUUCGACUUUACUGCUCGGCAGGAGGAACGCUUACCUUUGAAACAUUAUGUAGAAUGCUCUUCUGGUGUGUUGAACGAGCAUUUCGAAAAGCUUAAGCAGUGCGACAGGCGCCUCGCUCUUUUGAGUCAGCAACUUGAAUAGUUCUCGACUCGCCAUCGAGAAUCUGCUGAUUCGGAUAUUCCGGAAGAUUCUAAAGGAGCCUAAAUCUAAAGAUUUUGUCUGCGCCGUCGCCGUCGCCGUGCCGCCUCCUCCACCUUCUUCUGCCCGU